UCCAUACCUUUAUUUUGUCCUCUUCUGCUCGUCUUCUUCAAUGCUCUUCUUCUUUGAAAAAGCUCAACGGCUUUCGAAGAAACAGAGAGAGAGAGAGAGAGAAAACGAGACAAAGAUGGGAUUUUGCCGGAAUCUCGGCCUCUGCCUCUCCGACCUCCCUCACACGACGGCGCCGGCGCCGUCCCCCAUCGCCGCACAACUGUCAAGCAACGCCGCACUCCGUCCCUCCAUCGCGAUCAUCGUCGGCGUGCUUACAACCACCUUCUCCCUCACCUCACUCCUCCUCCUCUACGCCAAGCACUGCAAGAACAAUCCCCAUUCGAGAGGUCUCGAUCCAAGCUCAUCUUCCACCUACGCCGCCCCUCGCCGGAACUCCGGGCUCUCUCCAGCCCUCAUCGAUGCUCUUCCAGCCUUCCGAUUCUCCUCUCUCCGAUGCCCUAGCGCGAAGACCUCCCUCCUCGACUGCGCGGUAUGUCUCUCCUCCUUCCUCCCCUCCGAUCCCCUCCGUCUUCUCCCCCGCUGCCGCCACGCCUUCCAUCUCGACUGCCUCGACACCUGGCUCUCCGCUCACUCCUCUUGCCCUCUCUGCCGUUCACCCGUCUCCCCCGAUGAUCUCCUCCUCCUCCCUCCCAUCCCCCAUCCCGAAUCCGAUAAACCCCCUCGCCGUGUCUCCGGCCGGCACUCCUCCGCCGGCGAGAAAUCCACCUCAACUCCAACCCCCAUCGAAAUCGACCCCCGAUCUCGCCGAUCCGCCGAUUCCGCCGCCGUUUCUCACCGGAAGGACGGUCUUCUCCUUCCCCUCCCCGCCGAGCUCGCCGAGAAGCGGUUCGCUCACCGAAUCAUCGUCUCCAACGGUGACCCGACUCAGGAGCGAUGGAGCGAUCUUAGACCGUCCGAUCUCUUGUUUCUACGGUCGGAGAUGAUCAUCACGGACAGUGGACGGUUCUCGGCCUCGCGCGGGCGUGUGUCGGCGGAUGGCAGGAUUGUAAAUAGCUUGAGAAGCGUGUCGGAGAUCACAGGCGUGAGCCGAGUCAUGAGAAGCCGGCGGGAAGAGGAGGAGCGCACGAUGCGCCGUUGGCUUGGCUUCGCAGCGCGACGCACGGCUCGGUGGCUCGGCCGUGGCGGCGCCGGCAACGAGCCCAACGGGUAGACGCGGGAGAUGGUAAAAAGACGAGAAUGCCCUUUGUGAGUGUACGGCGGGAUACCAGAUGGGGAAUAUUUGAACACUUCUUAACUUGGGGGUGGUGCUGGUCACGUGAUUGCAUCGAGAUCGGAGAUAAGAGUUUCGAUCUGACGGUGGAGAAUGGUGGAGAUUAACGGAUCGGGUUGGGUUGGUAAAUGGUAAUUAAUGGGUUCGGGUGGUGGAGGUUAUUAGUGGGUGGGACCCGAUAUAUUUAAUGGAUCCGAAUUGAAGCGGGUGAUGCCGUGAUGGGGAAUUAAAUCCGUAUUUCCGAUUUGGGUGGAAUGGGUUUAUUGUGUCAUUUUGCUACAUGACACACUUGUAAGGAAGUCUUUCAAUAGCACAUGGAUUCCUUUACUUGUUGCUAUUUUUAUCCUUAUUCUUAAAUUCAAUUAAUGUGUUUUCAUACUAUA